AUGGAUCCUAAUUUGAGACCUGGUUAGUCAAAAGAACAUAAUGUUCAUGCAACAAUUCAUGAUAGCUUCAGUUGCGGUAAAACGUACUCAAAAACAAUGGGAGAAGCCGAAGAACUCGAGUCCUCGGCCUCCACUCAAGAUCUACAACAGUCUGACUCGUCAGAAGGAAGAGUUUGUUCCCAAUCACGGAAUGAACGUGAGUCACUCCUUCCGCACUCUUCUUAUUUUCAAUCGUUUCUUUUCAGGUGAAAUGGUACAUCUGUGGACCUACUGUUUACGAUUCUGCCCAUAUGGGACAUGCGAGAUCGUACCUCUCGCUUGAUAUUCUUCGAAGAGUAUUCAAAGAUCACUUCGGCUAUCGCGUUCAAUUCAUUAUGAACAUCACCGACGUGGAUGACAAAAUCAUAAAAAGAGCUCGUCAGCGUCACCUGCUUAAAUCCUAUUUCGACGAGUCUCAGGCUCCGUCUGUGAUUAAGGUGUGCGAAGAUGUCGUCGCCGCGUUGGAGCACUUCACAGCCAAGUUCGAGACGGAAGUUGAUCCGGACAAGAAGAAGAUGCUCGAAGUGAUGAUCAGAAAGGUUCAAGGCCAAUCUGAUGCUCUCGAAGCCGCCAUGAAGGCCCAGGACUCGAUAGCAAUUGAAAACGCCAAGGCUUGUUAUAAUGAACGAUCUAGAAUACUAUCUCAAUUUGAACUUUUAGGGUCAAUUGCUCAACGAAUCGCGUGACGUUCUUUCCGAGUGGCUUGAUCAUAACCACGGAAAAGAUGUGAGAGACCACAGUGUUUUCGAUCAACUCGCCAAAACGUAAUCCAGGUUCAGAGUCUCUUUUGACCUAUUGAUGUAAUUUCAGUUACGAAAAUGAAUUCUUCGCCGACAUGGCUCGUCUGAACGUGCUUCCUGUCAAUGUGCUCACUCGCGUCUCUGAAUACGUGCCGGAGGUGAUUAAGUACGUGAGGACUAUCAUCAACAACGGAUACGCGUAUGCUACUCAAGACGGAAGUGUCUAUUUCGAUACGAAGGCUUUCGAGCAGAAUCCGAAGCACUUCUACGCGAAGCUCGUUCCGGAAGCCUACGGAGAUGACAGCGAGGAGCUGAUGAAGAACAUGCGGGAGGGAGAAGGCGAGCUGAGCAUGUCCGAUGAGAAACUCAAAGCGAAACGCAGUCCGAAUGACUUUGCUCUCUGGAAAUCAUCGAAGGACGGAGAACCACACUGGGAAUCCGACUGGGGAAAUGGACGGCCGGGAUGGCACAUCGAGUGCUCCGUCAUGUCGUCCGCCAUCUGCGGAAACAAACUGGACAUUCACGCCGGAGGAUUCGACCUCAAAUUCCCGCACCACGACAAUGAAAUCGCUCAAGUGGAGGCGCACUACGACGAUCCGCACUGGGUGAACUACUUUUUGCACUGCGGAACUCUCCGUAUCCAGGGAAUGAAGAUGUCCAAAUCUCUGAAGAACUUCAUCACGAUCCGAGAGGCCCUGAAACAGUACACUCCUCGUCAGCUUAGACUGCUCUUCCUGAUGCAUAACUGGGCAGAUGUACUUGACUACAGCCAUUCGACCAUGGAGAGAGCCAUUCAGUUCGAGAAAGUCGCCAAUGAGUUCUUCCUGCUUGUCAAAGAUUAUCUGAGAAGACACUACAAGCCGGAAAGCUCCCAGGGAUACCAAAAGUUCAACGCAAACGAGCUGAAAUUGAUGAACGAUUUUGAAAGAAUUGAGGAGGAAGUUGACAUUGCGCUGAGUGACUCAAUCGACACGAGAACUGUCAUUGAGAAGUUCCGUGAGCUCAUCGGCCUCGGAAACGCUUAUAUCAUUACGAAGGAGAAGGAAGGACUUGUUCCGAACUGCCUGAUAAUCAGAGACAUUGCUGAGUUCAUGACAAAAAUGCUCAAGAUGUUCGGAGCCAUUCCACAGGGCAGCCAAGACAUUGGAUUCACAUCGGAAGACGAGUAAGACUGUUGAAAGCUUUUUUUCACAGCUGUACAAUUGAUGUUCAGGGAGAAUCAAGGAGAGUCGACGUCGUUCAACAAGGAAGCGUUGGUGAUGCCAUACCUGACUACACUUGCCGACUUCCGAGAGGAGGUUCGCAACGAUGCCAAGCAGUCCGGAGUCACCAGCAUCCUUGAGGUUUACUUGAAGAAAGCAUUAACAGGCAAGUAGUUCAAUUUUUCAGAAGUGCGAUGUUCUGAGAGAUAAGAAACUUCCGGAACUUGGAGUUCGUUUGGAGGACAAGAACAACCAAACGACGAUCAAGCUUGUCGACAGAGCCACGUUGCUCAGAGAAAUGGAACAGAAAGAAGCAGAAAAGAAGAGGAAAGAAGUCGAAAAGACUGAAAAGGAGCGGAAAGUCCGCGAGAAAGCGGAGAAAGAAGCUGUGGCCGCGAAGAUCAGACCGGAGGACUUGUUCAAGCAGGGAGAGCACGAAGGAAAGUAUUCGAAGUUUGACGAGAGAGGAGUUCCGACUCAUCUCGCCGACGGAACUGAGGUUUGUCCGAAUGCAGACGGAUCUGUGGAUAAUAUCAGAAUUCAGAUCACGAAAAGUCAGUUGAAGAAACUCGAAAAGGUGUAUGAAGCGCAGAAGAAGAAGCAGAAAAAAGCCGACCAAUAAUUCUCCAGGUUCAUAAUUUAUUGUUAGCUGUUAAUGUUAUUGAUUGAUUGAUCCAUGUGUGUUCUUUCGAAAAUUCUAAUGAUGUGCUUUAUUUUCCCCUAGAGAUUGCUCGCCCGUUUCGUUUACCUUCCUCCCUGUUCGUUUCCCUUCCCCUGCCCCGUUCGUUCUUCCAUUUCUUUUUCUUUUUGUUCAACGUAUUUACUGGGUAUCUGAUUCUGACGAUUGCUGUCAAUGGCGGUUUUAUAAGAUUUAUUUAUUGUGAUGCCACAACCGAGCAAAAUGAAUUGUUUGUCUACCUCAAUUCAAUCUUUCGUUUCGGGGACGACGAAUUCGAAAGGUGGAACGACAUGAGCUCUGCUAUUUUCAUCCGCACGCAGAAUCUCUGCAGAAUUUCGAAAUUCCAUUCGCUACGAAAAAAAGAAACAGAAAAUAAAGAGCAUUCUGACGGUUUGUGCGAGCGCUGAAACUUGAAAUGAAUUUAUUUCAGAUUUGUGACGAUUUCAGAGGCAAGACACUGUUACCACUCGGGAUCCAAUUGGAAGAUCUUCAUUCGAACUCAGUGAUCAGCUACAUCGGAGGAACUUCGUUGUUCAUGCAAAUGCAGCAGAGACUGGCGGAGAAAGAACAAAAGAAGCGGAAAAAAGCUGUGGCCGCGAAGAUCAGAUCGGAGGACUUGUUCAAACAGGGAGAACACGAGGGAAAGUAUUCGAAGUUCAACGAGAGAGGAGUUCCGACUCAUCUCGCCGACGGAACUGAGGUUUGUCUGAAUGCAGACGGAUCUGUGGAUAAUAUCAGAAUUCAGAUCUCUAAGUCAGUUGGAGAAGCUCGAAAAGGUGUAGAAAAAAAAGUACUCACGAAGAUGAUACAACAGUAG